GUUUGGUUAGCAGUAGCGGAGGUCCGGCUAAGCCUGUCUUCAUUCAGGUCGGGGGGAGGAGCUGCAGCCACGCUUUACUGUGUACCUGCAGAGCCUGCGUCAAGGUAAACAAAGUAAGCCCCGCCUCGUCCGGUGACGACGCAUAUACACGGAAGUGCCGCCGCAACCGUCACUGUUUUCAAAACAUGUCUGUGCAUGUUUGAUGAUCGUGACACUGAGCUGAGACUUUUGGAUUCAGUUUUGCUGAUCAUAGUGAAAAAAAAGAGCUGAUCGUCAUACAGCCAUUAUUCCGCAUGGAGAAUGGGGUCGCAUCGACUAAAGCAGAGGGCUUCCUCUCCAGAAUGGCCCUCAACGACAACAAGGCUGGUAUGGAGGGUCUUGACAGGGAGAAGAUCAACAAGAUCAUCAUGGAGUCAUCCAAGGGAUCUAGGUUUUAUGAGAAUGAGCUGAAGAGAGAGCAGCAGGUGAACCAGCGCAUUGAGAAGAUGAUGCUACAAAAGGCACAGAUCACAGAACAGCACUUAAAGAAAGCACAAGCCCAGGUGGAGCGGAUGGCCACAGAGCUGGAGAGAAGUCGUGAUUUAAGCCGUGUGAUUGUACAUGUGGACAUGGACGCUUUUUACGCAGCUGUGGAGAUGAGAGACUGUCCUGAGCUGAAGGACAAACCAAUGGCUGUAGGAUCCAUGAGCAUGCUGUCAACAUCUAACUACCAUGCCAGGAAGUAUGGGGUCCGAGCUGCCAUGCCUGGCUUCAUUGCAAAGAAACUCUGCCCCAACUUAAUUAUUGUUCCAACCAACUUUGAUAAAUACAGGGCUGUGAGUCAUGAGAUCCGAGAGAUUUUUGCGGACUAUGACCCCCACUUCCAGCCAAUGAGCCUGGAUGAAGCCUAUCUGGAUUUUACAGACCACUUGGAACAAAGGCAGAGCUGGCCAGAUUCCUUACGUACACAUCGCUUCCGCGCCAGCAGCACCGCUACAGGUGAAGUGCAGAUUUCCCAGGAGGCAGUGCCAGAGAUGGAAGAUCUCUCUCCGGUCCUUUUUGAGGAUAGUCCAAACUCCUCUCCCUCCUGCUUGCCGGGCUCUGAAGAUGUAAAUGCUACUGGUGGUGCAUUCGAGGUGUUUGGGAAGUCUGUUGAAGAGGCUGUACGAGAGAUGCGUUUCCGCAUUGAGCAGAAGACCAUGCUGACUGCCAGUGCAGGAAUUGCUCCAAACACGAUGCUUGCCAAGGUGUGCAGUGACAAGAACAAGCCCAACGGCCAAUACAGACUCCCCUCCACUAGAGAGGCAGUCAUGGACUUCAUCCAGACUCUCCCAGUUCGCAAAGUUUCUGGCAUAGGGAAGGUGAGUGAGAAGAUGCUAAAUGCUCUGGGCAUCAGUUCCUGUUCUCAUCUUGGCCAACAGAUGGCGUUGCUGUCGUUGUUGUUCUCUGAGACGGCCUGGCAUCACCUCAUGGAAGUCUCCCUGGGUCUGGGCUCUACAUAUAUACCGAGGCAUGAAGAAAGAAAAAGCAUGAGCACAGAAAGGACAUUUAAAGAACUGAGUAAAGCUGAGGAGCAGUUGUCUUUAUGCAGGGAGCUCUGUGAAGACUUAGCAGGAGACAUGAAGAAAGAAGGUCUGAAGGGUAAAACGGUAACACUGAAACUUAAGAACGUGAACUUUGAAGUGAAAACCAGGGCGCUGACGCUGCCGUAUGCUGUUGCUACAGUGGAUGAGAUCUUUGCUGUUGCUAAGGACCUACUGAAAACGGAAAGAGACAAUGAAAGCCCCCAGCCACUCAGACUGAGGCUCAUGGGUGUUAGAAUCUCUGCCUUUGUCAGUUCAGAUGAUAAAAAGCCCCUACAGAAGAGCAUUAUUGGCUUUCUACAGGCAGGCAAGAGUGACUCCAGUGACUCUUCCCAAGGAAUGCACCAAAAGCUUGAGAAAGAGAAUGUUUCCAGUCACUCUUUCCAGACUUCCCAAAACCUAGCACAGACGUGCCAGAGACAGGAGGGAGCUCCUGGGUCGACUAAGCAGAAGGGGUUGGAGGGGAGCCAAACAUGUGAGAAACCUCAACAAUCUUUCUUCCAAAGGGCUUUUGCCAAAAGACUGCAACUCCAGGCAGCAAAUCCAAGCACACAUGAAGAAGGACACGGGAAUAAUUCUUCUGUGAUUACUUCUAUUGGCACUUAUUCUCAGAAGGGUGUAGAGUCAUCAACAGAGAUGGACAAGGCUAACUGUACAGCCACAGAUCUCUCAGAUCUCCCACAAAAUGACUUUGUUUCCCCUGCUGAGGCUCAUGCAUCCACAUCAGGCUGUGGUGGCACAGGGUCAGAGAGCCUCACCUGUCCAGUGUGUUUCAGACAGGUGGAGACAGAUAAUUUGAAUGUAUUCAACAGACAUAUAGACCAGUGUCUCAGUGAUGCCCCCACAAAGCCAAUCCAAUGCACAGUCUCUGAUACAGAAUCAGAUUUGGACCUGGAGAGUGACCAAGUGGUGGACAAACAUGAGGACAAAUGUGAGGUUGAAGAGGAGAAGGCAAAGAACAGUGAAGAGCUGAAGUCAAACAGCAUUGAUCCUCAGGAAGACCAACACAGCUUGAAAAACUAUUCUAUUCAAACAAUUUUGUCAAUAAAUGGUGACAACAAAACCACAACCUCUGAACAGCCUCAGUCAUGUAACGACAAAGGCUCCGUGCUCAUCUGCCCAGUAUGUCACCUGACCCAAGACAGUGAUGACCUCAUUAUCUUCAACCGCCAUGUUGACCUCUGCCUGAACCAGGAGGUCCUACAUGAGCUGGGGGGACAGACAUCAUCUCCCAUAAAUCCACUUUCAUUUACAAAUUGCAAGGCCAUAGACAGAGGCCGUCUCCUGCCAAUGCAAGCUGUUAAAGGCAAAACCAAAAGACGGGACUCGCCUUCUUCUCCUCCAUCUAAAAAGGCUAAAGGUCGUGGCCCUCGCAACACCAUCGACAAGUUCUUCAGGUGACAGUCAAGCAUGCAGAACAUCCAUCCCCAUCAGAAGGAACGUGAGAAGGUUUUCUAGGGGAAAUGUCUUUGUUCUACUGGGGAUGUUUUAGUCAUACUAUGGAAAAAAUAUGUAAUUAAGAUUACUGGUAUAAGAAGCUAAGUAUGCACACUAUUCUAUGUCUUGUUUUUGUUUUUAAAAGCCAUAGACUAGACAAGAAAUUAAAGAUGAUGGAGACAAAUUCUAUUUGUUUCCAAAUUAAUUGAACUAUUAUCACCUUCUAUUUCCUGUUAGUGGUGAUUUUACUAAAUGGAUCAUGAGGGUUUUUAUUACAUGCUGAGGUGCCUGUGAUUAAAUUUAUCUUAAUUAAGUUAUUUUUUUCGGAUAUUAUCAGUAAUUUCAAGUUGUAUUUAUAGAGUUUUUCAAUGAUGAUACAGUAUAUGUUUAAUAAUGAAGAUAAAAUAAUCAUUUUAUUGUUUAAACUGAAGUUGAAAUAAAUUCAU